AUGAUUGUUGCAGGUGAUCCAUUACAAUUACCACCUGUUAAACGUUGUACUUAUCCACCUUUACCUCAUUCUAUACCUGACUUAUUUUCAUCUGUUUUUCAUUGUUUAUUACGUGAUGAAAAUAAUUUUCCAAUAUCAUUACAUACUGAAAAACCAUUUGAACAAAUUUCACGUUGUCCAUAUUUAUCUAUUUUUAAUGAAAAUCAUCGUAUGAAUGACCAAUUGUCGGAUUUUACUCGUUUUUUACACGAUGAAAAUUAUCGUCAAGGUCGUUCAAGACCUGCAUUUUCUAUUAGUGCUAUUAAGGAUUCAAAUAUAUAUCUUCUUGAUUCACUUCUUGUUGAUUCAUCAUCAUUUUCAACUCGUAGUGAAGAUCAUGAUCUUGAAUCACACCUAGUUCAUUCUCUUAUUAAUGAACUUGUUUUACGUAUAUCACUUUCAUCAAUAUUUAUUAUAACACUGUAUCGAAUGCAACGUUCUGCUAUUCAACAAAAACUUAGGAAUAAUCCAUUUUCAAAUAUUUAA